GCCCUCUGAUGACGUUCGGUAUGGACUCGACUCUUGGAAACCGAGCUGAAUGAAGCAAAGCCAUUCGCUUACUUGUGCAUGAAACGUCUGGUUUGGCUGUGAGUUCGCUCCCACUGAAGGAAUCAUCGAAUAUUAAGUUACUUGAGUGAGGGAGAAAAAAACAGAAUGGAGCGACUGAAGCGACUCCUGGAAGAGGAUCCCAAUCCUGUGUGCGAAAGUGGUGUCUUCUGUUAUGGCCCUCUGUUGGACGCCAUUCAAAUGUCCAGGAUCUAUCCCGAUUCUAAGACAUUUGUAGACAAGAAACUGAAACAUACGCCGGGAAAGAUCAUCAAGCAUUUUGAGCAACUCGUUGCUGAUAAUAAUGGAGAACCUUUAUCCAAAGAGGUCCUUACUCAGUUUGUCGAUGACAAUUUCGAAGCUGAGGGUCAAGAAUUGGAACCUUGGACCCCGGAAGAUUGGACUCCAAGACCGAAAUUUGUGGAGAAACUGGAAAAUACCGAACUAAGGGGUUUAGCUGUGAGGAUCAAUGGAUUGUGGAAAGACCUUAGCCGACGAAUCAAGGACGAAGUUCGGGAGAACCCUCAACUUUACUCAAUAAUUUAUGUGCCCAAUGGCUUUGUGGUGCCUGGAGGUCGCUUUCGAGAAUUUUAUUACUGGGACACCUAUUGGAUAGUGAAAGCGUUGUUGCUUUGCGAAAUGGCCCAGACCGUCCGAGGAAUCAUUGAAAAUUUCUUGACCAUGGUGGAAACCUACGGCAUGGUUCCAAAUGGAGGACGAAUAUAUUACAUCAAGAGAUCGCAACCGCCCUUCCUCACUCUCAUGAUGAAGGAAUACAUUAAAAGCACGGGAGAUUUGGACUUUUUAAGCCAACACGUCGCUACCCUGGACAAGGAACUCCAAUUUUGGGAAAAGAAGCGAUCAGUUACCUUGACGAAAGAUGAUCAGGAGCAUCUCUUUUUCGUUUUUGGAACGGGUGGCACUGGUCCAAGACCAGAAUCAUAUCGCGAAGACUUUGAACAUGCUGAAACCUUUACAGGGAAGGAGGAGAAAGAGGCGUUUUAUUAUCACAUCAAGGCUGGUGCUGAAUCUGGUUGGGAUUACUCUACUAGAUGGAUGAUCAACGCCCAAGCUCAAAACCAAGGGACAUUAUUGGACGUCAAAACUAGUUUUAUUGUUCCUGUGGAUUUGAAUGCCAUCAUGUACAUGAACUAUAAAGCCAUGUCGGAUUUCUACACUCAACUAGGAGAUACUGAAAAUGCCGAGUUUCACACCAAAAAGGCAACCCUUUUGAAAGAAGCAAUUGGGAAAGUUCUAUGGAGCGAAGAAGACAACAUGUGGUUCGACUACGACUUAUUGAAUGAUAAAUCCAGAAAGUACUUUUACCCUUCGAACUUGCUUCCAUUAUGGGCGGAAUGCUUCGACGAGGCCAACAGGGCCACUGUUACUGAGAGUUCAAUUGCCUAUUUGAAAUCCACGGGCACCAUUUAUUGCAAAGGAGGCGUGCCAACAUCUUUGGAAGAAUCUGGACAACAAUGGGACUUCCCUAAUGCUUGGCCCCCUUUACAACACAUUCUAGUGGCAGGAUUACUGAACACCAAGAAUGAAGAAGCGCGCCAAAUGGCUUUGAAUAUAGCUCGAACAUACACGCAAUGUACGAUUUUCUCGUGUCCAGAGGAUGCUGAGGUCUGCCAUAUGUUUGAGAAGUAUGACGUGAACGCUACCGGCGUCGCUGGUGGAGGUGGAGAGUACGAUGUCCAGACCGGCUUCGGUUGGUCCAACGGUGUGGUGUUCGAAUUCAUUUCACUUUUCGGAGAUGACUUGAUGAUCGAAGAUCCCAUUUUUAAGGACGAAUGUCAGAACUUCAAGCAAGAAAUCGAGCUUAAUACCCAUUUCGAUGUGAGUGGAGGGAAAUCGAAGCUGCUUCGUCGAGACUCCAAUGUGAAUGUUCAGUCCGUGGAACAGAACCCGACCAAUCAUCCUGUCUUGACAAUUGAGGAAACUGAGGAGGAAAAUCCUGAGAAAUCGGCUCAAAAUGAACCCAAUUCUAAGCCGAAGCAAGUGAAUCUCACUGCAGUGUCCAAGCACGAUUUUUCAACGCCUGGAUUGACGAGAAAACUUAUUCGUUUAUAUGAAAACUUGGCCAAAUGAGAUUAUACAUACUGCGUUGUGUGGAACAUCAUUGAUCUGAAAUGUGGUCAAAGGACGAGAUAAAAAGAGGCAAUUCGAUAUUAUUUGUAAUACCAAAUUCUUGCAUCUCAAUGACAAUUAAAUGACAUUUAGACAUUGAUAAACAACUUUCUGGUGCCCUACUCAUUCUCCAGCAUCGAGCAUCAAUAAAAUUUACAGUUCUGGGAAAAUCCAACUUGAA